GUAAGGGCCUGGCUGCCAGUUGGAUUCCUGCUGCCUGGUGCCCUGGGGUGGAGGAGAUGGAUUUAUUGCCAGCUGGCUGCUGCUAAGGCAGAGUGACCAUGCUGCUGCUGCCGCGCACUGAAGCGACCCCAGAGUGAGGAGCCGGGGUAGGGGUCUGCCCUGCCUGGCCCAGUCUCCCUGCCCCCACCCUGGGCUGGCUGCAGGGUGCACUCUGCAUCAUGCUGCAGCAGAUCCUGCGCGACAUGUACAUUGAUCCUGAGCUGCUGGCCGAGCUCAGCGACGUGCAGAAGCACAUCCUCUUCUAUAAGAUGCGACAGGAGCAGUUGAGACGCUGGAGGGAGCGGGAGGCCGCUGAGGCUCUGGCCCAGGCCAAGGGCUUCAGGCCUCCGCGCAUCAAGCGAGCGAGCGGCAAGCACAUCCAGUGGCUCCUGGGUGCCGAUGGCGAAGUCUGGGUCUGGAUCAUGGGAGAAGGCCCUGGAGACAAGCCCUAUGAGGACAUCUCUGAGGAGCUGAUUGCUGAGAGGGCGCGGCUGCAGGCCCAGAGGGAGGCUGAGGAGCUCUGGAGACAGAAGGAGGCAGAGAUCACCAAGAAGUUCCGGGAUGCUCUGGCCAACGAGAAAGCCCGGAUCCUGGCGGAGAAAUGGAAAGUGGAGAUGAAGGACCGGAAGGCUGCUAAAGUCCUGGAGGAGCGCAUCCACGAGGAGUUCAAGAGGAAAGAGGAAGAGGAGAGGAAGCGAGGUGAAGAACAGAUCCGCCUGCAGGAAGAACAGAGGGCGAAGGAACUCUACUGGACCUUGAAGCAGGCCCAGCUGCAUUGCCACCCCAGCGAGAAGGAAGAGCGCGAGUGGGAGGAGCAGUUACGCAGGUCCAAGGCAGCUGAUGAGGAGAGGAGCCGUGGAGCCCAGCGUGCCCGGGAUGAAUAUCGACGCCACUCACUCCGUGCCAUCCAGAAGGGGACAGUCGCUGGCCUCAGCUCCAUGUUCCAGGAGCUGGGCCAGAGCAACGAGCAGGAAGCCAGAUUGUACCACCAUCUCCCAGGCCCCGGCCCGCCCCUGCCUCUUGCGGUGCCUGAUAGGACUUGGGAGCGGCCACUGCGUCCUGUCUCCAGGGAGGUCAUCGUCCGGUGGUUCAAGGAGGAGCAGCUGCCUCGCCGAGCUGGCUUUGAGAGGAACAGCAGGGGCAUUGCCCCCUGGUUUCAUGGAAUCAUCAGCCGAGAAUAUGCAGAGGAUCUCCUGGAGAACAUGGCUGAGGGGGCGUUUCUGGUCAGGGUCAGCGAGAAGAUUUGGGGUUACACCCUCUCCUACCGCCUGCAGAAGGGGUUCAAGCACUUCCUGGUGGAUGCCUCUGGGGAUUUCUACAGCUUUCUGGGGGUGGACGCCAAUCGCCACGCCACGCUCUCCGAUCUCAUCGACUUCCACAAGGAAGAAAUCAUCACCGUUUCCGGGGGAGAGCUGCUGCAGGAAGCCUGUGGCCAGAGGGACAGCCCACCAGACUAUCAUCUGUUGUUUGAAUGACUGUUUCUUUCUUUUUUACUUUAUCAGUUGGAUUCCUUGGGAAUCCUUUAAUGAAUUCUGAUUCAGAGCUUACCUGAUUGAUCCCUCGUGGCCUUUGAGAAGAUCCACCACCCUUCAGAGGAACAAGUAGAUGAUUAGGACUCAAGGGAGAAGAACUAUAUGGUGUGUGUGCUGCCGGUCCCACCCUGGUGGUCAGGGCAGAAACUGCUCAGGGUUGAUGCAACUCUUUCAUUUCAUGCAAAGGCUGUUGGUCCAGGCCACUGCGAACUGAGCUCCCAAAGGGCAUUGAUCCUCUGGUAAUAACCCAGA